AAUUGGGGAGGGUGGGGAGAGGGCAACGCGUAAACGCCAAGGGUCGGACGCUGCAGUGAACGCCGGGAAAUGGAGUCCCCGGUAAAGAGAAACUGGCGAAGUGAGGGAAGAGCGAACUACGAAUCCCAGGACGACUCACGAACGACCCUGGCGUCGCGAGGCCCCUGAGCAAGACGCUCGGGGGCGGGGCGCAGCGGGAUGCCACCGGAAGCGGAAGCGCAGUACCCCGUUCUGGGACAGGGAGUAUGGGAAAUAGAGUUGUAGGAUCCGGCGAUUGAGGGGCCGAGAGGGGGCGGGGAAAGGAACGAGGCCGGCAGGCUGGUUUCCUGUAGCUCCCCUCACGCAGCGAGGGUUUGCCUCAGGCGCUCGCCUGAUGCCCAGGGUACUGACCUCAUCCCCGGGUAACCCACUGGGUGCUCACUGCCUGUCGAGCCUCUCGCCCGAGUCAGGCCUGCCGCUGAGGGCCCCGUCGGGGCCCGUGUUUCACCCCGGGGUCUGGUCUCAGGCGGGAGUCACACGUGCGUGUUCGGGUCGUGUGGCUAUUUGAUCAUCAGCUCCUUUGCGUAGAGUAGCGCCAUUUCGCCGAACGGAGACUACAAAGUCACGGAGACUGGAGCUUCUUCCCCAAAUCUGCUGCUCACUUCCGUAGAAGCGUUAAAGUCUGUUUUUGUUGGGGAAGAUGGACCCUGACAUAGGAUCAAGGAAGAUUUAAAGGGUCAAGCUGAUUGUUUUCUUAGUGGUACGUCUUACCUGGUGGUCAAGUUUCAGAGAGAAGCUGUUUUUAUUUAUUAUUGGUGAGGAUGGGGGCAGAACGCAGGACCUCUGGGCAACUCUCAUUGAAUCUUCAUCGUCAGAUUUACCUUUAUUAAACAGUAUGGGCUGUUAUCGUAGGGUUCCCUGUUUUUCCACAUGACCUAUGAUCCUUAGGCCCUGCAGGGUCCUAGGCUGUAGUCACUUAGGGAACAAGAGGAUUUUUUUUACUUUAAGGGUACUUUUCCUCCUCCCAGCAGAUCUCUGGGGGUGGCUCUGGUCAGUGCAGAGCCACCAAGAGAUUGGUUUGCUUUUCUCAACUCCCUUUAUCUAGUCUCAUCCUCUCAGUUCUCCCAAAAGCCAUGUCCAGGCCCUCCCUCAUCACCUUCACCCCAGCCACCAGCCCCAGCGACCUCUGGAAAAAUGGGGAGCAGCAGUCACAGCCUGAAGAGGUGGAGCCCACCUUGGAUGGGGCUGCAGCCCGGGCUUUCUAUGAGGCCCUGACUGCAGAUGAGAACAGUGUCCCCGAAUCCCAGAGAUCUCAGCCUGAACCUGCCAGUACGAAAAAGAGGAAGAAGAGAAGAAUGAUGAGGGAAGCUGCUGCAGGAGCCUCCGGAGGACAUGGACAAAGGAGAUCCCUUGAGGCAGAGGACAAGAUGACUCAAUGGAUACUGAGGGCAGCUCAGGAGGGUGACCUGGCAGAACUAAGAAGGCUGUUGGAUCCCCGUGAGGCAGGGGGAGCUGGGGGCAAUAUCAAUGCUCGGGAUGCCUUCUGGUGGACCCCCCUGAUGUGUGCUGCUCGAGCUGGCCAGGGGGCUGCUGUGAGUUAUCUCCUGGGCCGUGGAGCUGCCUGGGUGGGCGUCUGUGAGCUGGGUGGCAAGGAUGCUGCUCAGCUGGCCGAAGAAGCAGGUUUCCCUGAGGUGGCGCGCAUGGUCAGAGAGAGCCAUGGAGAGACGAGGAGUCCAGAGAACCGGUCCCAAUCCCCCUCCCUCCGGUACUGUGAGACCUGCGAUGCCCACUUUCAAGACUCUAACCAUUACACAUCCACUGCUCACUUGCUCUCAUUGCCCUGUGAUCUCAGGUCCCCCAACCUGCCCCUUGGGGUGCCCACCUCCAGCCCAGGCUUCAAGCUGCUGCUGAGGGGAGGAUGGGAGCCUGGAAUGGGGCUGGGACCCCGGGGUGAGGGCCGCACGAACCCCAUCCCCACUGUCCUCAAGAGGGACCAGGAAGGAUUAGGCUACAGAUCAGUGCCCCAGCCCCGAGUCACACACUUCCUGGCUCGAGAUACUCGGGCUGUGGCUGGGAGGGAGAGAGCCCCUCGGGUGACCACACUGAGCCGGAGGGAGGAGAGAAGGCAGGAGGAGAAGGACAGGGCCUGGGAGCGGGAUCUGAGGACAUACAUGAACCUUGAGUUCUGACCUUGGUAAGGUCUGAUCCUGGUCUAUUGCCGAAGUCUGAACUUCGGCUUUUACUUCCUGGGGUCUGUCCAGGUCCCAGACCCUCAGAUUUUAGUCAGUGGGGUCUGCCUUUGGGAGAGAGGAGCCGAGAGCUGAAAAAUAAAUCAGACUUCUUCUCUUUUGUGUUUAUUCACUUUUCUGGAAGCUCUUGUGGGAAAGCCAGGCAAGUCUGGGGGCCACAUGCAAGUCCCACCUGAGCCAGAAGGGGUAGCCCUUCCUGGUGGCAUGAUAGUGUCACCUCCCUGCCAGUCUGGUUCAUUUCUAGGUCCUAGCCCUUGCCUGGAAUACCCCACUGUUCUUUCAGUCCCCUGAACUAGUAAUUGCUGAAGCUCUGUGCCAGUCUCGCCUACCCCAGGAAGCGCCCCAUGAGCACUGCAGCCAAUUCAAUCACUGUUUUUGUUUUAUUUUUUUUCAGCUGCUGAUUUUAAGGUUAUAUACUAUAUGCUAAGGAGGGGAGUAAGACAUAGUCCCAACCUUCUAAUUGCUCAUCGCUAGAGAUGGAGGCAGCUAUGUGAUCAAAUAUACAUACAAUGCAUGGUGAUAGGGGAAGCCUGGGAAAGCUUGUGAAGGUGAUGAGAGUAGUAGGGUCUUGCAGGAAGAGGCCAGUGGGCUGGGAAGGCCUAAGAAUAUCCAGCCUCGGCGCCUGGGUGGCUUAGUCGUUAAGCCUCUGCCUUCGGCGCAGGGUGUGAUCCCAGAGUCGUGGGGCUUGAUCAAGCCCCAUACCUGGCACCUCUGCUGGGAGCCUGCUUCUUCCUCUCCCACUCCCCUUGCUUGUGUUCCCUCUCGCUAGCUGUCUCUCUCUCUGUCAAAUAAAUAAAUAAAAUC